AAGAAACAAAAGGAGUAAUAAAGAGGAAACAAAGGUCGCUUGAAAAGCAAAGCGCUGUGCUCAAACAUCAAUUCCGAUCAAACCGCUCAAGAUUGCAAGCUAAGCGCUCCAUUCGUUGUCGAGAUAUUUUACACCGACUUCUUGCUUUGACGAUUCACACAACACUGACUGGAUGAACAUACAAGGGUAUCAAGGGCUCACUCCUGCUCAGCAGUUGCUGCAACAGCAACAACAGCAGCAGCAACAGCAGCAGCAGCAGCAGCAACAACAACAACAACCACAACAACAGCAGCAACAGCAGCAGCAGCAGCAGCAACAACAACAACAACCACAACAACAGCAGCAGAAGGUGCAAUUCAAUGAUCUGUUCCAGACGAUGAAUAACUCCAUUGGCGGACAACACUCUGGUAAUGACCUCUCGCACACUCAGAUGUUACAACAGACCCUUUAUCAAGGUCAAUACAACAGGGCCCAGACUCCUCAACAACGGAAUAUUCAACCUCAGCUACAACCUGGGAUGCCACCGCCGCAACAACAACAGCAGCAAUCUCAACAACAACAGCUGCAACAACAGCAGCAGCAACAUCAACAAUUGCAUAGAGCUAUACUUGUCGACCAGGCGACUGCUUCCCUGGAGCAUUGGCAAGAUCAAAUGCAAUUGGCGGAGGUUUCCCGAAAGUGCAAUGUUCCUCAUUUCUACGCAAGACAUGCUGCGAGUGUCUCCAGAAGGGCCAAACAACCGCAAUUUGGAGAGCAACAACAGAAACCGAUGUCGCUUGUAGAUAUGACGGUACAGAUGUUAGAUUCAGAACAUAACCAGGAAUCUUUACAGCAGCAACAGCAGACUAAUUCUACAAACCCUUCGCUGUUACACAACAAGAAACUUUCCCACGAUAAUGAGAACGACGAAGAUAUUGACGAUUUUACCAUUCCAAGAAUCACUUCCAAGGAAUAUCCAGACCAGCUGUGGGGUGGAUUAGACUUGAGUGGUCAAUCCAUUGCGAACAUAUCUCCGAAGCUGUUCCACUACGAAUUCUUGACCAAAUUAUAUCUAAACGGUAACCACUUGGUUCAAGUACCUAAGCAGAUUAAACAAUUGAAAUUUUUGAAAGUGUUGGACUUGUCGAAUAACAGACUAACUUCUCUACCUUUGGAGUUGGGAUCUCUAACAAUGUUGAAGUACCUUUACCUGUUUGAUAACCAUUUGACAACUUUACCCUUUGAAUUUGGUAACCUAUUCUCAUUACAUUUCAUUGGGUUGGAAGGUAAUCCAGAUUUUAAAAUGGAGUACAUCAAGAUCUUGGCGAAAAAGGGAACAAGAUCUUUGAUUAUACAUUUGAGGGAUAACGUUCCAAAGGAUCUACCACCUCCAAAGAGACAAUGGAUUGAAUUGUCAGAAGAUGGCGAAAUUGAACAACUUGAAGAGGAUGUCAACCAUGAAGAAGAGGGCGACAAAGAUUCGGGUAAACUAUCAAAGGGAGGAGAGGAGGCAUGUUUCACCCUUUUGGAUUACAAUGUCUUGUGUCAACACUAUGCAUCUGCAAGAAUGUACAGUUAUACACCUUCUUGGGCUUUGAGUUGGGAUUACAGGAAGGAUGUUUUGAAAGAACAACUUCUACAAUCAGAUGCAGAUAUCAUUUGUCUUCAAGAGGUUGAAACCCAGCUGUUUGAAGAUUAUUGGCUAGGAGUAAUGACUGAACGUGGAUAUAGAGGUAUCUUCCAUGCAAAGCACAGGGCAAAAAGAAUGAAUGAAAAAGAGGCAAAGAAAGUUGAUGGUUGUGCAACGUUUUACAAACAAUCCAAGUUCACGCUAUGCGGUAAAAAGGCACUGGAGUAUACACAAAUUGUUUUAAACGCCUCCAGAUAUAAGAAGACCGAUGACGUGUUUAACAGAUUACAAAGCCGUGAUAACAUUGGUCUCAUCACAAUUUUGAAACACAUUGAAACCGGACAAGAUGUCCUGGUGGCUAAUACCCAUUUGCAUUGGGAUCCAGCGUAUAACGAUGUUAAAACAGUCCAAGUUGGUGUCCUUCUCGAAGAGAUUGAGAUAAUUGCCAAGAAUCAUCUGAAUACUACCGAAGAUUCUACUAUGAAACAACUACCAAUGCUUGUCUGUGGUGAUUUCAACUCGCAGCCACACUCUGCUGUUUAUCAGCUACUCUCUACAGGGUUUGUCAAGGAUCAUGAGGAUAUCAAAGGCAGAGACUAUGGUAAGUUCACCGAGAAGGGGUUCACUCAUGGCCUACACUUCAAAUCUGCUUAUUCGAACAUUGGAGAGAUGUCAUUCACCAACUUCACACCAAGCUUUACCGAUGUCUUGGAUUAUAUAUGGUACACGCCGUCAUCGUUAAAUGUCCGUGGAUUACUAGGUGAAAUGGACAAAGAGUACUUGAACCACUACGUUGGUUUCCCGAACGCACAUGCUCCAUCGGAUCAUAUACCACUUAUGACUAAAUUCCAAUUGAAACAGAAGAAGGACAUUAACAACGCCGUGAGAAGAGAGUUCAAACCAGAGUUCAGAUCCUCGAGAAAGACCUGAGGGUUUGCAUUUCUCGUCGUUCCCUUUAAUUGGGUGUGGGUAAUACAUAUAUAUUUUUUGUAUAUUAGUAUGCUAUAAAAUCAAAUGAUUUUAGAGACUG